AGAGCGGGUGGGACAAGCUGUUUUUGCCUUUCUAUCCCCUCCUCUAGCUCAACUACCUAGACAUAGCCACUCAAGACCUAAAUAUAUCUUUUCUACAUUUAAAGACGAGACUUUCCUGACCAGCGUCGUGUGAGACAAGAGUUUGGGGGUUCUACAGCUUCCUCUUCUCGGGCCUCCCAGGGAAACUGUAAAUACCUCUCCUCCUUAUGCCCGUUAAGAUGCAGUGAGAGUCAUGUUUCCCUUGCCGCCAUAUGUCAUGACAUCUUAAAACCUUCAACCUGAAAGUAGACAGAGGACGUUCAAGAAGGUUGUGACCUCUGAACCCCUAAACCCUGACUUUUGCUGAGACCAGAGUGUGAUCCAUGGCUAUAAAGAGCCUUCUGCACGCUGCUUCCACUUUCAGGAAGCAGCUGAUGAGGGUGAAAGUGGUAAACUCUAACUCCGAGGACUCCCGUCUGUGCCGAUGUCUCAACACCUUUGACCUGGUAGCCCUCGGUGUGGGCAGUACAUUGGGUGCUGGUGUUUAUGUGCUCGCUGGUGCUGUUGCAAGAGAGAAUUCAGGUCCUGCUAUUGUGCUGUCAUUCCUAAUAGCAGCUAUAGCCUCAGUGUUAGCCGGGCUUUGCUACGCUGAGUUUGGAGCCCGUGUUCCCAAAACAGGCUCGGCUUAUCUGUACUCCUAUGUGACUGUAGGGGAGCUGUGGGCCUUCAUCACUGGAUGGAAUCUCAUUCUUUCCUACGUCAUUGGUGCCUCCAGCGUGGCUCGUGCAUGGAGCGCCACCUUUGAUGAGUUGAUAGGGAACCCCAUAGGGCAGUUCUGCAGACAGUACAUGGCCCUGAAUGUACCAGGAGCACUGGCAGAGUAUCCUGACAUAUUUGGUGCUUUCAUCAUAAUCAUUCUUACAAGUCUGCUGGCAUUUGGGGUCAAAGAAUCAGCAAUGGUGAACAAGGUCUUCACUUGUAUCAAUGUCCUAGUCUUGGUGUUCAUGGUGAUCUCUGGAUUCGUCAAAGGCAAUAUUAAAAACUGGCAGCUAGACCCUGAAGAGAUCCUACAUGCAAGUUAUACAACAAACAGCACCAAUGUGACAGACGUCCUGCCAAGCGCAGAGAGUUUAGGAAUCGGCGGCUUCAUGCCAUUUGGAUUCACCGGUGUCCUGUCAGGAGCCGCUACCUGUUUCUAUGGGUUUGUAGGAUUUGACUGCAUUGCUACCACAGGUGAAGAGGUGAAGAACCCCCAGCGAGCCAUUCCUUUUGGUAUCGUAUCCUCAUUGCUCAUCUGCUUUGUGAUCUACUUCAGCGUUUCUGGUGCUCUCACCCUCAUGAUGCCAUACUACCUGCUGGACAGCAACAGCCCUCUGCCUACAGCUUUUAAUUAUGUGGGCUGGGGGGGCGCUAAAUAUGCCGUAGCUGUAGGCUCUCUUUGCGCUCUGUCUACAAGUCUGUUGGGUUCCAUGUUCCCCCUACCUCGUAUCAUCCUUGCCAUGGCGCAGGAUGGCCUGCUCUUCUCCUUCUUGGCCAACAUCAGCGAGAGAAAAUCUCCCGUAACAUCUACUGUUGCUGCCGGGGCUAUAGCUGUUGUCAUGGUGUUAAUGUUCGAGCUGAAGGACCUGGUGGACCUGAUGUCGAUAGGGACGCUGCUAGCCUACACAUUAGUGGCUGCCUGUAUCCUGGUGCUCAGGUACCGGCCCAGCAUGGGUUACCAGAUUGUCAGUAGCCACGAGGAGAUGGAGUUGAAUGAGGGCAACAUCCUGCCCGGUAUGGAAGAGAGGCUCAGCUUCAAAACCUUGCUGUUCCCAGACAACCCCACACCAUCCAAACUGUCAGGCUUCACUGUCAACGUCUGUGUCUUUCUCCUCGGAAUGCUGAUGCUGGCAUUCAGUGUUCUGGCAUCUUAUGGAGAUCUUGCUUCGUGGAACUUGGUAGCCCUCAGCGUCAUCUUCAUGAUGUGUCUUUUCGUGGUCUUCAUCAUCUGGAGACAGCCCCAGAACCACACUAAACUCUCCUUCAAGGUGCCCAUGCUGCCCUUCAUUCCAGUGAUCAGCAUGUUUGUCAAUAUCUACCUGAUGAUGCAGCUUGAAGAACGCACUUGGGUUAAAUUCUCAAUCUGGAUGGCCAUAGGUUUCGCGAUCUACUUCAGCUAUGGUAUCCGUCACAGCACCCUGUCAGCUGCAGCUCAUUCGACUCCGGACACAGAGAUGAUGGGCUUAGGGCUUAACCACAAGUCAGCAUCACCAGAAAAGGAAGCCUUUCUGUCCAAUGGCAUUGAUGUAAGGGAAGAGAAUGAUGGAGAUUUGUAGGAAUUUGCAAAUC